AUGAAUAUGCUGUCAGCGAUACUAAAUACGCUGUGGAAAGGGACGCUCGGAAUUUCUCUGUUCACGCAAAUGCAGAAUGUAGUCUGGAGUUCCGAGCUCGGCCAUUGGACAAAGAUCAGGGAUGCCGUUGAUUACGCGAAGAAAUCGACGAUCAGGCCGGACACGUUAUGCGAUAUCGUGACGAUCGUUGGACCAAGGCGGUUACUGACUGAAUCCUCGGAAUGA